AUGGGUUUCUUCAGCAGCAACGAGAAGAGCGCGGCCGCCACACACCCCGUCAACCUCGACGUUACCUCACAAUCUGGCUCCGGCGCCGAGCAAGAUCGCUAUGGCGCACACUUUGGCGCAAGCACCGACAAGCUGAAGGAGGUUGGCAACAAGGGCCUCGACAAAUUGAAGCAGGCUGCUCUUGCAAAGGGCGAGGGCGCUGAGCAGGACCGUUACGCAUCACACUUCUCUCACCCAAAGGUUGGAGUCCUCGACACACAGAAGGUCACGAAGGCGGUCGAGAGCUUUUUGAGUGGAGGAAAGUCAAACCACGGUCUUGGCUACGAUGGUCAGCAGAGGGUUAGGUUGUUGGCAGCCAAGGGUACUGGUUCUGAGCAGGACAGGUUCGGAGCUCACUUCGGCCCCGGCCGCGAUGCCGUCGUAAAUGCUGCGCAGUCGAUAAAGCAGGGCGCAAAGGAAACUCUUGAAAGGAGGUAG